UGAUACAGGUGACACAAACAAGUUGAAAAUUCCGGAAAUGAAUUUUGGGAAUUUUGAUAGUAGACUUUUAUAAUAUUCCGAUCCUAUGAAGUAAUAUUUUUGUACUUUCAACGAAAUUUGCCGCUGUAGGUCAACUUUGGCCAUGUUGAAGUUCUACUGGAUCGACGCUGCCGUCGUCACUCUGCUUCUUGGCACAGUAUGGUGUCAGCAGGACCCAGAGAUUGUCGAUGAAAUCAUUCCCGAAGUUACGUCACAAGGUGGACAAGCUAAACUCAACUGCACUGUGGUCAACAAGCAGGAUGGACACACAGUAAUCUGGACAUUUUUAGAUUCUAAAUCUGGUGGUGAAAUCAUUACCAGUGAUGAAAACAUAUUUGUGGAGAACAAAGUGUGUAAGGAAGGCUCAAAGAAGUAUGAGAUAGUGAAACGUGAAUUCAACAAGCGUAUAACUUACAUGUUGGUGAUAAAUUGUCUAGAAGUGGUGGAUUAUGGGUACUACAAAUGCUAUAUUCAGAUCCGAGGUGACGGCUCAGCCUCUUGGCCUUCAAAAAUAGGACAUCUUAUCGUACAAGUACCACCGACAAUUACCAGCAAGAAUGUGGCUGUGUUACAGUUAGAUGUUGGUCACUCACACAAUUUAGAAUGUACAGCUACAGGUGUGCCUAAACCAAAUAUUACUUGGGUCAGGUCAGAUGGAGGUCUUCUACCUGGAAUAGAUGGGGCUCAGCUUAGGAACACCAUCUUGCCUUUGAAAAAUGUCACAAAGGAGGACAGGGGCCUGUAUAAAUGUAUAGCUGACAACCAAGUACGUCCCCCAGAUCUGUAUCUUGUGUCAUUGAGUGUUUUCUUUAAGCCAGAGACUAUGGCUGUGCAAGACACUGUAGGCCAAGCGCAAAAUAGACAGUUUGAUGCUAAACUCGAGUGUAGAGUUUCAGGAUAUCCUGAGCCAGAGGUAGUUUGGUACAAGGAGCCAACAAGAAGCGAGGGGAACACGCAGCUGAUGCAACUCAAUGACGAUGAGAAAUAUGAAAUAACGAAGCUCAUUGCCACGACAACACUGCGUUUCCAAGAAGCUUGGUAUGUGCUGCGUAUAAAGAAUGUGGAGGCCAAUGAUUACACAAAGUAUUUUUGUGUGGCAAGAAACAGGAUUGGAGAGAACAGACAAACAAUUAUUGAGCUUUUUGAAACUAUGGAGUGUCAAGGGGCCAACUGUCCAUCAUUUGAAGCGCAGGGAGCAUCAGCAAUAUCAGUAUCUAUGUUGGCAACUGUUGCCAUGGUUACAUUAGCCAAGCUGAUUUUGUAACAGUGAUCUGACUUCAGCAAUCUAUAUAUAUGCAGACAUUCACAAUUUCAUAUCAGUCUUAAGUCUUAAAUUAUAUCCUGUAUUGUUGUUCCUAAAAUCCGAAAUAAGAUCAUUAUUAGAUAGAUAUUAAGAGGGGCAGAUAAAUGCAGAUCUGGUCAAUUUUAAUGAUACACAACGUAAAAAUUAUACGUGCUGCAGCAACAUUUUAAAAGCUCUCUAGAAAGAUUUCUGAAAAGGCAACGCAGGUGUUUUUAAGAGAGCCUUGAUCUGUAGAAUUUCGUAUUUAACAAAUAAUACAUGGCAUUUAGGUACAUAAUAUUAUGCAAGUUUACGAAUUGGACAAGAUGGAUCAAAAGUGAUAUACUGAGUGGAACUGAGGUCCAUAUCGCAGUUUUGCCCAGUUUGUGAACUGUGUCAUGUAUCGUUUGUUAAACAGAAUGCGGAUCAAAUUUUUAACAUAUAGAUCUAAAACUAGUAAUGUGGCCUAGAAAUGGUAUGGGUACAGUGUCAUAGGGGAAAAAACCCAUCUGUUUAAACCAAACUCUUUGCAGUACAGACUGGGACCAGUCAUACUGUUUUGACCAGAUGUCAUCACAGUAAAUAAUGGAAGAAAUAUGCACAUGAGAUAUAAUAUAUUAUGUAAGGCUCAUGCAGCAUUUUCAUGAAAGGAACACAAAGAAAAGAUCUGUAUUUUGAGUUUAUUCCUACGAACACAGUCAUGUUUUUUCCUGCCAGAAGGAUAUCAUACAGUUUGAUGCUACAAAACUAGACAAAAAAUACAUUCCUUAUUUCUAAUGUGAACCAAUUGUUGUAUAUAUUUGUACAUUACAUAUCUUAGAAAGUGUAUACAUAUCAUUUACAUUUUUAUACAUAUAUUUUUAUACAGGGAAAUAAUUGUUAGUAAGAAAGGCUUUGUCAUUUUUACCUAGCAUAUAAUUGUACAAAAGUCAUUUUUCAUCCUUCACUACCUAAGUACAUAAAACGUUAUAGCAGUGCUAUGAAAUUGUUCUCUUUUAUAAGUAUUUCAUUUUGUUGGAAGGUUUUGCAGAUGUCAUUUUUAAUGCUCAAAAUUUAAUCAAUUCUAUCGAGUAGAAGUUCAAGAAAAUUCUUCUUAAAAUAGUAAGUAGCACGUGCUUAAAGUGUAAAACAUAUGUGAAAUCUAGCAUAAAUUAUAUGAAAUCUGCCUACUCAUAUGAUACCAUACGAUACUGUAAAUGGGUUUUUUAAUCUUGAAAUAUUAAGAUAUUUUCGUAUUUACACACAAUAUGGAUGUGUGUAUUUUUUCUCAUUCUUUGUAGUCCUGUUUGGCGCCAUAUAACCUAUACUGUGUUGGUGCGCCGUAAAACCCAAAUAAAUAAAUUCUCAUUCUUUAUUAAUGUUUUGUCAUAAUUAGAGCAUAUUAUAUAGAAACUUUGGUUGUAUUUAUUGUAAAUAUCUGUACAGUACUUUUCUAACAUUUCCAAAAUUAAAAUAUGUAAUUUUCAAAGAA